GUAAAAGUCUUGUGUUCAUUGACUCAAUACAGUUCAUGGCUUCUUCUUUGGAAGCACUUGUGAGUAACCUUUCACCUGAAGACUUCAGGAUAGUAGGUAAGAGGUGGACUGGUGAGGACUUCAAACUUGUGACACAAAAAGGUAUAUUUCCAUAUGAAUAUUUGGAUGACAUUAGUAAACUUAAUGUUGAGGGUCUUCCAAGCAGAGACAAAUUCUACUCAUCUCUAUAUGAGUCGGAGGUGAAAGAAGAAGAUUACCAAAGAGCGCUAAAAGUAUGGGAUCACUUUAAGAUGAAAACCAUGAGAGACUACCACGAUCUCUACCUGGAAACUGACGUUCUUCUUCUAGCAGAUGUCUUCGAAAACUUCAGAAGAACUUGCCUGGAAAAUUACAAGCUUGACCCUGCACACUACAUAUCAGCACCUAGUCUAAGUUGGGACGCCUUCCUGAAACAGUCAGGUGAGGAGAUAGAACUA